CAAACAUGGCAGCCGACUGAUUUCAUUGUUUUCUCUAAGCCACGUCGGCAUGCUUAAUUUUAUUACUUUUGCUUUCUCGUUUACUGAUGAUUUUAAAAAUCCACCCACAUGAGUCUACCUGUAGAAGAAGACGACAUUAGAAUGUUUUCUUCAUCGUAUCCACCUUCAGUCAAUGACUGGAUGAAGGCAAUUCGACGUCCCACCCCUUACAGAGUUGGCAACGCCCGAGUGCAUCUAAAGCCAAGAGUGGUUUUUUAUGCAGUUAUGUUUUCAACCGCUGUCCUUGUUUUACUGAUAAUGUUUAUACCACGGCAGUCACACCAGCCAUGUAUACAAAAAGAGAUUGAGUAUAAUACAACAUACCCCUUGACCAAUCCAUUCAACAUUUUACAUGGAACCGUGUAUAAAAUUGGACUUGUCACAGACUUGGACACCAAUUCGAAAAGCGAGAAACCUGACACAUGGUUCAGUUACUACCGCACUGGAAAUUUCACCCUAUCUCAUGAUCGAAUCUCAGCAGGCGUCAUUCUUGGUCAACCGAUGAUUUUCACAUCAACGCUUGGACAGGGUGGAAGGGGAAUGGAACUGUCAGAACUAGUUGUGUUUAAUGGAAAAUUAUAUACUGUUGAUGACAGAACAGGAAUUAUUUAUCAUAUAGUGGGUAAUAAAGUUAUUCCAUGGGUUGUGCUACCUGAUGGUAAUGGUGAAAACAAUAAAGGCUUUAAGUGCGAAUGGGCAUCAGUGAAAGGCCGUCGUCUGUAUGUUGGUGGACUAGGUAAGGUUUGGACAACUGGUACAGGGGAAGUUGUAAACCAUGAUCCACAGUGGGUGAAGUCUAUAGGUCCCCUGGGUGACGUACAACACCUGGACUGGCGCCAGCAAUACAACGCACUUAGAGAGGCCACUGGAAUUAAGGAUCCAGGGUACAUUAUUCAUGAAGCUGGAGUUUGGAGUGAAGUGCACCAGAAGUGGUUUUUCUUGCCACGUCGUGCUAGUAAAGAAAAGUAUGAUGAGACAGCCGAUGAGAGGAGAGCUACUAACCUGAUGUUUAUUGCAGAUGAAUUCUUCCAAAACAUUAAUGUAAAAUCUAUAGGGCAAGUGAACCCUACACAUGGCUUCUCGUCCUUUAAGUUUGUGCCAGGCACUGAGGAUACAGUGAUUCUUGCACUGAAGAGUGAGGAAGAUCAAGGAAAAAUAGCAUCAUACAUCCUUGCAUUUGAUAUAAAGGGCAAUCUGAUAAUGCCUGAACAGAAGAUUGGAGAUGUCAAAUAUGAGGGUAUAGAAUUUGUAUGAGUCUUAGAUUUUGACUUUUGUCAUGUGUGUUUGUGUACACGUGUGUGCAUAGUAUGCAUAUACAUAUGUAAUGUGUGCAUACAUCUGUGUAAAUGGCUACGCUCUUUUUCACACCUGUUGCGAGGAAAUGUGAUUUCUAGAUUGGGGAUUUUGUGCUUAAGUGGAUUUUAUUCAGUCUGACAAUUAUUGCACAAGUGAAAUGAGAGUACUUAAGACAUGUUUUGAAUGUGUUCAAUCAUUCUGUUUUUCCCUUGUCUGCUCAUGUAUGAGUGUUUAUUUGGUCACUACAUAUUACCAAGAAGAGUACAUAGCUAUAACUGUUACUUAAAGAGUAUAUUUUGUGAUACUCCCAUAUAUUUGAAUGCAUGGUCCAUCUUGUUUUCAUGUCUACUUUAGUUCUAAAAUUUUAUGAUCUGCUUAAUACACUAGGUAUAUACAGGGAAAACAAACUGUUCUAUAUGUUGAUUGAAAAAAACAUUUAUUUUUUAUUUCUGUUGGAAACAGCCAAUAAUUUUAUAGGUGGUGCAAACAUUGCUAAAGAUGUGCCACAAUAUUUACACAAGGGGGCAUUGAUAAUGUAGGUGGCACCAACAGUAAAAACUUUCACAGUAGUUAUUGUUCUGAGCAAAACCAUGUUGGUUUUUGUGACUUGCUUAUUUUGGCUAUGUACGUAAAGAAUGCAUUAAGGAGAGCCUUUUUUGUGUAGUCGCAUGUAUUGUUGCCUCAUAGAAUCACCAUAGGUGGCAAGCAAAGGUAAAGAUAAAUCAUUUCAUGCUACGUUUCCUAAUCAAAUCAGCAAAUAGACACAGCAUGUAUAUUCUGCCCUUUAAGGGCAUUAUUUACCUACAAUUCAUUAAAAGAUGCACACUCUUAGAAGGAUUAGAACCAUUUUUAUAUAUGAGGGCAUAAUACUUUACUCACGGCUGCAGAUUUAUAACUACAACAUACAGUGAAUUUAGAUUGUCUUUAACUCAGGUGUUUGCUACACUGUGUGACAACUGACACAACAGAGAAAGAUUACCCUUCAGGGGAAGGACUUAGACUUCCUUCAAAGUGGUUUAGAUUGCAUUGCUUUGCAGCAGUCAGUUAUUUGAUCUUCAAAGAAAUAAAACAGAUGGCUUUUGGCCUUUAGACCAAAUGCAUCAUUUUGUCCAACUCUGAAACAGAAUGACACAGUUGAAGGUAUGCUUUGGCAAAUGACAAGAAAUUGUUUCUACCCAGCCAGUUGUUUAAGUGUGUAAUCUUUUAGGGAACCUAAAAGGCUACAGGAGUGAGCUGGGCUCUGCAUACCACAUGCUUUUCCCUAGACAAGGUGAACUACUUUUGUUUUACUACUUCUAAAGAUAUUAACUAUUGAAAUUUGAUCCCUUGAUCCUCCUCUUCUAUUUUUUUUUCAUUUUAAUUCCUCAUUUUGGAAAAAGUGCAAAACAGUGGAGUCUAAAUUAUUGGUUGCUGUCUCGUCGCUUCUAUAUAUCAAAGGGUCUGCUAGUGAGAAUAUAUGGCAAUGUUCAUAAAGUUCGGGAACAGUUGUAAUCCAUUUCUCUGCCUUACAUGGUUAGCUGUCCAAAUUGUUGCUUUUUUUCUCCUCAUUGAUCCAUGUUUAGUAUGUUUGAAGUGUUCGUUGUUAAGUUCACUUUCAGUGGAGCAGUUGCUUUAUACAUUGCUGUUCAAUACUUUUUUCAUUGUAUAAAUAUGAAAAUCAUGUUCACUUAAACAUUCCUCAAGGUUACAAAUGAUAUAGUUUGUACAUCUUUGUAGCAAUUCUGUUUCAUUCAGAAAACAGAUAAGGUUACAAAAAAUAGUGAUUUAAAAAUAUUUUGCUUUCUUGAGGACAGCCUCAACUAGUUACAUUGCUAACCUUGGCUCCUGCCAUGUUAGGCAGGGCAAAUGUUCCCACAAGUUAUUCCAGCAUGAUUGAUACUUUCUCUCAAUGUCACAUCCUUUCUGUCUUCCCCCAAAAUUGUAUUGGACAGCUGGUAGGGAGAUAAUUAGUUGUGACUGUACUAUAUUUCUGGGAAAAAUCAGUCAGUAUGGAAUGUAACUUGAAUAUACAAAACUCUUAAGAGCAUGUGUGCAUACAUUGUGCAUGCCCACUUAUACCCAUAUUUGGCAGCAUGUCUACAAUAGCAGAAGUUUACAAUGACAUUUUAUUUUUCAUUAGAGCUGUAAGUAAUGCAUAGUUUUGGCAGUCAUAAUCAUAUAACCUGGGGUUUUCAGUAUGAAUUACUGCAUUCUAAAAUAUAUAUACACAAAGGUAAAAAAAAGUGUUCUCAGAGGCAGUUAAUAUAGAUUUGUAGAUAGUUGUGAACAGACAUGCAGUAAAAAAGGCGAUUUGUUUAAGAUACAUGUGUUGUAAGGUCUAUCAAAAUCUAAGCAGUUAGCGUCCUUCUUGCUUCAAUUGCAUAAUAAUUAAGGUAAAAGGUAAAGGUCAACCCUUAGCCCUUGCAUGGGGGAUGUUUCAGCACCAGACAGGUAUCGAACUGGUGUGCCUUUUGACUUGGCUUUAACCACAGAACUAUUCACUUCACGGACGAUAACUGAAUCAUGUCUUUCAGAUAAUUAUAUGUUUUUCAUACUCUUUAAGAAACUCAUGUCAGAUGGACUACACAUUAAAACAACCACAAGUUACCCUUGACUCCUUUUGUCAUGGAAAAGGGAAUAAAAACCAUUUUUACCAGAAAACCUGCGGGGUUAGCUUUUGCUCAUUGCUUGAUGAGCAUGCUCAUUGCAUGUUACCCUCCAAGAUCUUCAGUGCCAAUAAUUGUGAAUUGAGAGUAGUUCUCAUUUCCAAACACUUGAGGCAUAAAGUUUCUAGCUUUAUUCCUGUUUUUUAUAUAUCACAGGUGGAACAGGAUUCAUGCCCAAAGAUGAAAAUUUUAACGUCAUGCAUUUUUAGACAUUGUGUAUGUAAAUGGACAAGGACUUUUAUGGGUGGAGAGAGUGGGGUUGAGGGGUUAAUAAAGGUGUAGUGGGGUGCAGUUUGCAUUUCUAAUAACUGGCUGCAGCUCAGUUUAUUAUUUUCCCUAAAUCCCUUCCACCCUUCCUGAUACAUGCCUACAAACCUUAUCUUGUUCAGAAGGGGGUCAAAUUCAUGAUAUGUUUGUCCACAGAUCAGCCUAACUUAAACGUGUGGUCUUUACUCUCCCAGUGGUUGUAGCCUUUACAGUAUUAACUUAUCCAUGUACAAUCUAGAUAACCCUGUUUUUGAACUCUUUCUGUGCAAGUAGAUAUGUUGUAGUUGUCUGGAGUGUGGAAGGGGAAAAAAGUGCCAGGAUUUAUUAAGGAAAUAUUAUCUUGUACUGAACUUGACCCAGUCCUUAAAAAAAGGCAGUUUACUAGAUUAAUUUUCAAUGUAUUAUGCAGAACUAUGUUCACUGCUGAAAUGCUUAUAAGCUCAUCGUAUUGCAUAAAUUUUUGAAGUGCCUAAGUACAAGUAACCUCACCAAGCCCCAUCUCUUAGGUCAUUUGUUUCGUUUUCAGCUCAUUCUGUCACAAGAGUUUUAAUAUUUAGGGGUUUCACUUAGGGGUUUUCAUAUCAAUCUCCACUCUCCAGGUCUAUGUUUCUCAGAAUUUUGUCUAUAAGACAGGGAUUAUUAGCUGUCAUUGAUACACAUAUGUAUUAUGAUCACAGAUCUACUUAAGAUAAAUUUUCCUAUAAAGGUGUGCAUAUUUAAGACACCCCCUCCUUACAAAACAAACAAACAAAAAAAAAAAAAGGAAAAAUCAAACUUGCACAUUCUCUUUGGGGUUAACAGUUAUGGCAUUACACAGAUUUAACUUAGCAUAAUUUCACACAAAUAUACAUUCUAAAAACAAAAAUUCUUUAACCAGACACUUCCACAAUUCUCUUCCAUUAUCACAUUAUGGUAAUUAAUAUGUUUACAUUUUAAUAUAAUAGUAUUAGUCUGCAUCUUUUGUUAUGUAGGCUAAGUGAAUAGGGUGGGUAGGGGUAAAUUUGCUUUGUGUAAAAAGUAUGUAUGCAGAAGUCUGCUCAAGUUCAGCAAGAACUGAGAAAAGAAAUAGGUUUGUAUACACAUUUAUUUUAGUAAGCAGGACUGCUUAGCUAAAAUAUUGUGAAAUUAUACUAAGAUAGGUCUUUUGAUUGCAUGUGAUACAACCAAAUAGCAAUAAAUCAAGAGAAUUCAUUACCAAUCACAAAUUAAAGAAACCUGAUUUUGUUUUAAAGUUUGGAGACAUUUUAAUUCUGUUGCAUUAUACAAGAGGCUGGUGAUAAAAAAGAAUGUGAUAUUAUGUCUGUUACAGUACUUUAGACAUGACUGCAUGUUCAUAAAAUCAUCAACAUAGCAUGGCCAUAUAUUUAUGUAUAUGCAUACAUAUGCUCCAGCUACACAUUCAAAUUACUAGCCUUAGAACUUUUUGCAAUCUAGAUUUUCUAUUAAUAUCCUAUCACCUGAAAGACAAAAGCUUGUUUUAUUUUUCUACCCCUUUCCAUUUUCAUUGCUAUUAAAAGGUGCUGCAACCUGAAGUGCAAGAUUCUUAAAUGCACAGGUCAUGUGCAACAGCUUUAGGAAUCUUUUCUAAAUUACAAGGAUUUAUGCAGGAAAAUCACUGAGCAUCUGCUUCACUUUUAUUGAUGCUUUAAGUUGAUGUAGAUAACAGUUGAUACAUAAACUCAAGCAUGACUUACAUAAUAUAUUUAUGUACUAAUUGGGCAAGCAUUUUUUGUCAUCAGCAAUUACUCUGCUGUGCAUUCAAGUUGUUUUGUUAGCAGGCUGCAAGAAUGUGUACAUAAGUGUAUUAAAAGAAUUGGAUUUGCUGAUUGGCUGAUUCAUUUACAGUUGGUUUCUGAAGAAACCUGGUUGACAGUCCUUUCUUUGCAAACAUUAUUAAAUGGUAAAAUUUAAUCUGUUCAGUUGUAAAAUCUCACCCUCUUCCUCUUCUAAAGAGCUUGCUCUUUUCAAAUGAAUGAUAAAGUUACUGCCGCUAAACA